AUGGCUGGUCCAAGAGAAAUUAAGAAGAGAACCCAUAGAAGAAAGAAGGAUCCAAAUGCUCCAAAGAGAGCCAUGUCUGCCUACAUGUUCUUCGCUAACGAAACUAGAGAUAUCGUUAGAGCUGAAAACCCAGAUGUUUCCUUUGGUCAAAUUGGUAGAUUAUUAGGUGAAAAAUGGAGAGCUUUAACUGAUGAGGAUAAGGGUCCUUUUGAAGCAAAAGCUCAAGCUGAUAAGAAGAGAUACGAAUCGGAAAAAGAGCUAUACAACGCUACCAAGGCGUAA